AACUAAAUAAGGAAUGAUUGUGUGAUCGAUUCAAAAAUUUGUUGUGUUUUGAGACCCUUUUGUGGCUGAAAUUUCCAAAAAUGGUUCGGAUCUCCGAAAGUGAAAGCCAAGAUUCAGAUGAUGAAUUAUAUGAGGUGAUUAAUAUUUUGCAGUAGAUGUAUAAAAAUGUUAUAUCAUUGGGCUAGCAUUCCAAAGGUCGUAGGUUCGAUUCCCACCGUGUCAGGCAUAUUUUUCAAGCUUGCCCGGUGUGGAUAUACACUCAAGAAGUAUAAACAUCACAAGCAUCAUAUUGACUUGAGUACAUUUAUAUACCAACACAGAAAAAAUCAUGUUAUAUCAUCGUUCUUGAAGUGACUGUAUGGAACGUUUCACAUGAAAAUCAAAACAUAAAUAUUCUCGUAUUCCCAUUUUAUGAUUUUAUACCAUUAAACAAUCGAGAUCAAUAAAAUCUAUAAUCGAUGAAAAUCGAGAUCAAUCGAUAUUAACCCUUUAAGUGACCCUACUUUAAAAAUGUGAAGGCCAUAUCCCCUGUUUUGCACAUGAAUAUAUUUCUUGAGUUCAAUCAGAAGCCUGACCUAAUACCUUUUUACCCUAUUGUGCAAUGUGCACCGAUCGAGAGUUUUGGUCGGACAUAUGUAUGAUAGGAAUGUUUGGUAUGAGAAAUUUCCGGUAUCGGUAUACCAAAAAAAUUAUACCGAUAUUAUCGGUAUACCGGUUUUCCAUUGAUAAUUAUAAAGGAAAAUUCUUUAAUGGAAGUUUGAAGGAAAUUUUGAGUAAUUCUAAAAGGGAAAUGAUAAUUUUGAAGCUGUUUCGAACAUGUUUCGAACGACAUGCACAUACUCGGUGUAAAAUCUCACUGAAGUGGAAAUUCUAAAUGAUUGCAGUAGAAAGUUCUUUGAAUUGCCAUUCAGUAGUAAAAUAAAGGUUAUGGUUUCGCCAUAUAGUUGGUAAAUUUAACACGGUAUACAGAAAAAUUCCGGUAUGGUUGAAUAUCGGUAUGGUUGAAUAUCCGGUAUCGAUAUACCGAUAUUGAUUUAAUACCGAUAUUUUCGGUAUAUCGGUAUACCAAACAGUCCUAAUGUAUGAUGAUGUCUGAUGCCAGACUGUAAAGUUUGGCCUGCACUGGGAACGCACAGAAAUUUUAACUGAAUUUCUGUCUGUGCAUUUUCAAGAAAAUCCUACAAAAUCUGCAUAUUUUUGAUGAACUAAUUAUUUGAUGUUUGUGAUGUUACUCCAGAGUGUGCAUCCAUACCGGGCACGGUGGGAAUCAAUCACGCAGUGGUGGGAAUCAAGCGCAGUUCCCAAGUUCGUUGCGAACUUGACAAUAAAGGUCCAUACACGCGAUUCGACAACGCGACACAAUUUUUCGAUUUUCAAUGACCGAUAACUUUGAUCCUAGUUUAAAUUUUCCAAAUAUUUAGAAGCGCUAUAACAUUUUGAGUUAUUUGGUCUACAUAUCUUUCAAAAUUUGCUCUCAUUGGCUGUUUUAUUAACUUUCAAAAACUAAAAAAUUGUGUCGCGUUGUCGAAUCGCGUCCGGUGUGUCUGGACUUUUACGUAAUUUCCAAGUUCGAAAAUUGGGAGCGAACUUCGCAACAAAAUUCACAAGUUUAUUUCAGUGUUUGAACUUUGUUUUUUAUUAAUUUAAUAAUGUAUUCAUCACUGUACAGAGCAAUGCACUGUACAUGUUCAGGCUUUUUUUCAGGGAUUUUUUAGGGCCGUUAAACGGCCCCAAAAACUCAAUCUUGAAUUGAGUUUUGAAACUUAAAUGAAGUUGUUUGAGUUAAAUUUGUGACGUGUGGAAAUUUGUUUUCAGUUGGAAACCCGACAAUUAAGAAAAAAUGGCUGGAAUUCAUCUCACAACACAAGAAAAACUAUGCAUUCGCCAUCUUUAACCAGUUUAUAGUGUCCCUCAGUGCCCCUGCUUUAACACAUUCCGUCUCAACUACAGUUAUUGAGUACAAGUGUCAGCCCCCUAAACUCAAUCUUCUCUGCAAAAACGGACCCAAGAGAAAAUCCGGAAAAAACCCUGAUGUUUAUUUUUUGUUAUUCAAUUAUUCAGUCCACUUUAGGAGUCUCAAGGAUGAUUUCGUAAAAAUCAGAACAUUAGCACGGACCCUGCAUGAACGGGCUCUCAGAAACAUUAUUAAGGAAUAGUGGAUCUUCAGAUGGAAUAGUAAAUAUAAAAAUCGACUAUUCUGGCUGUAUAGUACAAAAAAAUUUAAAUUUCGACCCCUGUUGCAUGUUGGGCCUUGCGAAAAUAGGUAGAGAAAACUCUGAAAGUGGCAUUUCAGACGAUCUAGAGACUCAUUUUUGAAACUCUUCCACUUGAUGCCAACCACGGUAGCAGCUGGUUGAAGUUAUGCAACCAUUCUCAAAUGUUCUGCCUUCAUUUCCACCAUUUACAAUGGAAAAGUUCCCAGCACAAAAAUAAUACUUUAAAACAGUCUGGGUCUGAUGCUCAGUUUCACUUGGAAAUAAGUCUGAAUGACACAAAUUAACAUCACAAUGUAUUGAUUCUGAGCAGUAAAUGAUGUGAGAUAAUUUGUGUCAUUCAUACUUUAUAUUCCCAAGCCAAAAUUUACUUGCUUGCCAAUAACAGUAGGAAGACUUCGACAAUUUAAGCUGUUUUCCACUUGACUAUUUCGCUCGCUGCAACAACAUUUCCAGUUCACUUUUUAUGCACUAAUAUUUAACAAUUAUUCGACGAAGGCGAGGUGAUUAUCGGGGAAUAUUCGCCGAGACAAAGUCGAGGUGAAUAUUCCCCAAUAAUCACCGAGCCUGAGGCAAAUAAUUGUUUUAGUAUUUUUGCACAAGUUUUUGUUGUGUUUUUCUGGUCUGAAUUCAUUUUAAUUUUGUUUAUUUCUUUAUCACUAAUUUCAACAAAACGGCUAGCUGCCAUAUUGAAAAUUUCGAUUUUGUUAUAUUCACCUGUAGGUGAAUAUAACAGAUUAGUAUGUCAAAUUUGACCAAUCACCUUGUAGGAUUUGUUAUGUUCACUUGUGCAAAAAUACUAAUUGUCAUUAAUGGUUUUUCUCUGGCAAAUAUUAGACAUGGUUCAAAUGUACUAAUUUAUCAUAUGAAUGAUAUUUGAAGGCUAGCUGACGGCUGAGUGAGCUCACAGGUAUAAGGAAUUUAUGGUAACAGUUUUUACAUUCAAAAAUCCAUUCAUUCCUGUGAUUGGUCAAUAUCAAAACUAUCUCCCAAGUGAAUGUGUCGAUUUAACCCAUUAAGCUGCAAUGUGCCGCAAUGCACCCCACUUUAUUAUUUUCAUCGAAACAAAAACACCAGACAAUUUCACUCGUUAAGGGGAGAGUCUUCCACAUUUAAUGGUUUAAUUGAAUAUGUUACCUACAAACAGGUUGAAAAGAUUGUGGCAAAACGUAAAAGGCAAGGAAAAGUAGAGUUUCUCAUCAAAUGGAGAGGAUAUAAAUCUGAUGAAAACUCAUGGGAGCCAGAGGAACAUUUAGUUGGCUGUUCUAACAUGAUUAGGGAAUACAACAAAAACGAAAAAGAAAUUAUAACUAGCUUCUCUAAGACAAGGGUACGGUAAAUAAUACGUCUAAUGAAUACACAGUUUAAUAUAUGGGCAUGUAUUUAGAGUUAAAAUAUACAGUAAAUAAUGUUAAUAACUGUAUAAUAUUAUACAGCUAAUUCAAAGAAGGUUGUCAUUCAAAAGUCUAAACCUUAAAGGCUUAAACCCUUGACCUUAAACUCUAAGUGCAAAAAGGGCAACAGAACACAAUGUGUUUGCCAUGUUCAAUAUCAAAAAGAUUUAAUUGUCAUAAUCCUUGUGCGUAUAGCCAAGAUUUACAAUGGAUUUAAAGCAACAAUUUAAGGUCUAUAAUAAAGGUUUAGAGACAACUUUUUUUGAGUUAGCUGUAUCUGCAGAUAUGCAUGUUUCCGCAUUCUACGUCCUUGUGUUUUAUUUUGUGUUUCACUGUUUCUCAACCGCUGUACAGACACUUUGAAAGGUUGCUACAUUAACUGUGUAAUCUACAAAAUAAGUAAUUUUCAGAGCAACGUACGUCAAAAAGAUUUUAGCUUUAAACACUUUUCACUGCAUGCAAAUACAUUUCACUGCAAAUGAAGUAACAAUUUAAGGUCUAAGGUUUAGAGACAACCUUUUUUUGAGUUAGCUGUAUCUGCAGAUAUGCAUGUUUCGGCAUUCUACGUCCUUGUGUUUUAUUUUGUGUUUCUCAUUCGCUACAGACACUUUAAAAGGUUGCUACAUUAACUGUGUAAUCUACAAAAUAAGUAAUUUUCAGAGGAACGCCGAAAAGAUCUUAGCUUUAAACACUUUUCACUGCAAAUACAUAUGCGGCAUUGAAAAAAUUGUCACUUGACAAUACUAGUGAUAUCUUUACCUUGUUUUUUAGCAAAGUCGUGUAAAUGGCCAGUUAAAAAAGUCGCCCGAACCAAAAUCCAUUGGAUCAUUAGAUGACGAUCUGGCAAAAUACCGAAUAUUACACCAGAUAAGCUCGCCACCAGUAUCAUCGUAUCUAGGUACGUGGAGAUUCAUUCUCGAAGGGUUUUGGGAGAUGGAGAUUUCACGUGUAAAUUUCGUACAUUUAUUACACCUAUAACCAGGAGCAGUUGCGAAAAAUGCAACUACAGAGUAUAGCUAUAGGCCAUCUGGUAGGAAUCGAAUCUGCGGCCCAGCGAUUCUAUUUCAAUCCACUAUAUCAACCAAUCGGAAUUUUGCGUUGUUGUGGACAACGCGUAUUUCGUUUCUUGACAUAUCGUCUGCAGUCCCUCCUCCCUUCUAAGGAGGGACCUCUCGCAGUCUAUGAACUUGCUGUUGGAACUCGACAACUAGCCUCUGUGGCUCAGUUGGUUGGUGCGCUGCACUGGAAUCGCAGGUUCGACUCCCGUCAGAAGGAGAAAGAGCGUUAUUUCAUAACUGCAUAAAAAUUUGUCAAACUACUAAAUUAAUCGUAUCAUCAGUUGGAAUAAGAAUGGUUCAACUGACCAUAGAUCGAGCAACGACAUUUUACUAUUUUACACGCUGCGUUAAACUAAAGUCUGGUUUCCAUACGGUCGUAAAAAUAGAGUCACAACCUUUCUCAACGGUCAAUUUAUGAUAAUUUAUACACCUGUAAACCACAUAUAAGUCUUGAGCAUUCUCUAGCUAUAAUUACUCCGCGUAUGCUCAGUUCUAAAAUGUAAGUUGUAUUUCGGCUGAUGAGAAAGAUCGUGACUCAAUCUUUAUGACCGUUACGACCAUAUUGAAACCAGACUUAAAGGGGCAAUGUCACCGAUUUUUUACCUAAAAUACCGUUUAUUCAAAAACUGAACUACAAAGUUAAAAAUAAACAUUGUAAAUGGAUUAAGUUAUGAUAUAUGAGUCAUAUUAAACAACUUUGAACUUCCACGAAACAUGUAAUAUGACAUUUUCAUAAAAAUUGACUAAAACUUGAAAAAGUGUCUGCCAACAAUUAAUCAAGAUGCCAUUUACAAUCCAUCUCAAUCCUGGCGUAAUCUUGCCCAUCCAGACUUCUGUACAUGUUUUUUGUGUCUGUUAUUGCUUUAUUUUGUGCUUACACUCAUUCUUUUUCAGUUUUGGGCAAAAUUUGCGAGGGUUGGAAUUGCCCAAAAAUCGGUGACAUUGCCCCUUUAAACAGCACAUAAUUCAUAUAUUGGACGAGACCAGAUUAAGUUUCAAAAAUAACUUCGUCAUGCAUAAACUCACUUUUUUGUUUUAAGUCUGGUUUCCAUAUGGUCGUAACGGUCGCAAAGAUUGAGUCACGAUCUUUCUCAUCAGCCGAAAUACAACGUUUUAAAACUGAAAGUACGUGGUUUACAAUUACAGGUACAGUAUAAACUAGAAACUGGCCGUUGAGAAAGAUCGUGACUCUAUUAUUGCGACCAUAUAUGCCUGGAAACCAAGCUUAACGCAGUGCAGCAUAGUGCUAUGCAUUCAAAUUCCAACAGUACCUUGAGACACCCUGUAUAUUAAAUCACUUAAAUCUUCGUCUCUUUAGGAAAGAGAACAAAGCACUCAGAAAUGAAGCCAACACGAGAGGAAAAGCCGCCCAUCAAAGACAAUACCUCGGUGACUAACAAGAAAUCUAUCCUCAAAAUAUUAGCAGCGAUAACAUUGUUUAUAUUGCUCAUUUUAGCCUUGGUACAACCUGUAGGCAUUCGAAGUAAGAUCUCUGGUACUGUCAAUACUUAGCUUUCGUCUUUUAGAUUUUAGUUAGCACAUGUGUGUAUAAUUAUAUACAGUGGCACUAGGGGGGAGGGGGGGAGGAUAAAUUUCGAAAACAUUUGAUCAAGAGUGGAAAAAAUAUUUUACUUUCUGGGAACGCGAGAGAACGUUGAAAAUGUCCUCCAAACAAUCAAGUAAAUGAACACUCGGACACUGCAACUGUGUGGCACUAGCAAGCAGUUGUCAAACUGGAUGUCAUGCUGUAAUUUAACAGCAAAAAAUUAUUUCAGUUCAAUGCGAAUCUUAAUAGUGCUUUUAGGAAUAUAACACGAAACUAAUUUCGAUAACAUACAUCAGGGUCUGAUCCUAAUGAGUAAUUGCCCGUUUACACUUGCAAUUCUGCUGCGAUUUCUAGUGAGAAUUUCUUGCUCUGAUGGAUUUGAGCGAGUAAAUGAGUUGCGAAUGUUCAACCUCGUACCCAGGUUCUACCUCGCUUGAAUUGAGACCCUGGUAUCGGCUGGUCACGUGACCCGUCAUAUUAUAGCGGAUUUGCUCAAUUGUUUUAUAAGUAGAUAUUGUCACAGAAUAAGAAGUUACAGCAGAAGCGUAACUCAAGCAAGUAUUUGUACGCGUUUUUACAAACGAUUCGUCAUCAAUCACGCCAUUCUGGCUAGUACAACCGGCACUUUGUACCUACCAAAACCUGAUAAAAACUUCCGGCUGUACUAGCCAGGAUGACGUGGAUUGGCGUGAGCGAGUUAACAUUUUCGUGGACGUAAAACAAUAAGGGAAACGACUAGAGUUACGCUUCUGCUGUAACUUCUUAUUCUGUGAUAUUGUAGUAAACAUUAAUAGUCUUAAAAUAACAUUACAAAACAAACCAUCUCGGUUACUAUCCUUUCCCUAAAAACAAAUCCGCCAAAAUAUGACGGGUCAGGUGACCAGCCGAUACCAGGGUCUCAAUUUAAGCGAGGUAGGAGCGAAGAUUGAGAACCUGGGUACGAGGAUGAUGAAUGUUCUGAGUAUAUCCUCAUCUUAACAUUUAUUUUAUUUUACCAGUUUGCCAUUCUUAAAGAUAUAAAGUUACAGUAACUAUAAAUUACACAAUGACCACACAGAGAUAAAAUCUCCAAUAACGGGGUUCCAUUACUUUCAUAACUUAUCCACUUUUUCACAUGCAUUACAAGAAGAAAAGAAGUGUCGAGAGCCCUUAAGGUAAAUACAAAUGCAAAAAAAGGACACUACUAGGGGGCACUAUCACGGGAAACUCCCGAGUAACAAAAAUUGGUGACUCUCAACUAUCAUUCUAUUUGACCGGCGCUUAACUGUCUAACCAGGCCUUAAAAUAUCGGUCGGUCACGGACAUUGUACGACCCAUUCGUGAAAUUGUCCGACGUAAAGAGGAAACCACCGGACAUUCUGUCCGACUUAAGUGCAACUGAGGUUUAUUGCUUGUCCAACCCGAGUGUAUUGGUGUCCGACCGAACUGUAGCUUUGUCUAACGUAAAUCAAAAUGUACCCUAGUCCAGGACUAGAGGCUCGUAUAAUGGAGAAUCAGAGUAGUGCAUAAAAAGUGGAAAUGUUGUUUUAAUGUAAUCGAGGGCGGGGCGGCGAACGAAAUGGUGAAGUGAAAAAUGGGCUUAAGUUGUCGAACUCUUACUGCUGUUCUUGGCAAGCAAUAACGUUAAUUUUGGCUUGGAAAUUAACGGCCGGGUCCAGCACAUUUGCCGUUCAGAAUUAAUACAUUGUGCUGAUAUUAAUUUGCGUCAUUCGGACUUAUUUCCGAGACAAACUGAACUGAAGGUUAUCGGACAUCAUCACUAUAUGUCCGACCCAAACUCAAAGUCAUCGGACAUUUUGUCAGACGACCCUAUAAAAGAUAUUUUAAGGCCUGGUGUAACACAAAGAGAUAUGACAAUUAUUUUUCGACCAUGAAAGCAUGUAGGCUAUAGAUCGAGUUAUACAUUGCAUCGAAUUUAGGGCAAUUAAGAUUUCCAGCAGCAAACGCGGUCAUAUGGUGACAACAUAAAUUCCCUCACCUUCCCUCCAAUAUUUUGCGAAGUGUGUGCCACUGUGUAUAUUUAGAUUUAUGGCAUUUUUUUUUAGUGGUUUUAUGGUGUUAUUUAUUGUACAUAUAUAUAUAUAUUCAUAUUCAUUAUUAAAGACUCUGUUAAAGUUGUGCACAUUUACUGUGCAAUUCACUGCAGCUGUAUGACGUAUGUCAGGGUAUAUCGAGAACCUAAGGCUAAGGUUAUUAUAAUUAAUAUAUUGAGUAUUUAUGAUUCCCAGUUAUAUAUUUUGAAACAUUUUUUCUGUGUGAUUGGGUAAAACAAAUUUUUACUUUGCCAGAACUUAACAGCCUCUAACAGAAUAAUAUGGAUUGCAGUUGCAUCAAUCCUACAUUUACAUUUAGCGUUUAGCUAAUUCACCAUUGAAAAUGAGCAUGUAUGUACAAAAAUUGAAAAACAUCGAUCGGAUACACUUACAGUAGACCUUUUUUAUUAUUAUUAUUAAAACUUUAUUUAAAGAAGGUUAAUUUACAAGGAAAUAUGCCAGUUUAGCUUUCGCUAAUCUUCCACUGGACCUUCUAAAGUUAACUAUAUAAUCGAAUAUAUUUACAUGCAGUACAAUUUACAUUUCUACAGACUACAGUAUACAUAAUUACAUAAAGUACAUAUCGAUAUAGGUAUAAAAAAAAUGGAAUUAACAUACACUGUACAUCUUAUGAGUUAUUUUUGUACAUAUCCAAAAACAAUUCAUGGGCUUUACGCUUGAAUGCUUGAAAUUAGCUGGAAGAUCUAAUAUCUGGUGGCAACUUAUUAUAAAAAGAUGCUCCAGUGUACCGAAGUCCACUCCUGGUGAUUGAUAGUUUAUAGUUUGGUAUCCAUAAGUCCAUAUUGGCAGUGCUUCUUGUAUUUUCAUAUAGUAUAUUAUCCUAUGAAAAUACAAUGACGUAAACAUCGGAAUCUGCAUGUAUAAUGAGCUACACAAAUAAAUCGCUUGAUAGCAAAUUGAGACGAACUUUAUACGUAUUUUAAAGCGUUUAAUGCAUUUUUACACAUUUGCUGGGCUGCCUAUGGCGCGAGCCAGCAAGUGUAAUCACG